CUAAAGCCAAUGAAUCUCAAAAUGGCACCGUAAUAACCUUUAAAGACACCACACGACGUCGUAUUGUUGAUCCGACAAAUUCUCACCGAACAGAGUUGGAAGCGAAACAAAUACUUGUAAAUGGAGUUUCCUUGUGAAUCCAAACUUUCUCCAAUUCAUUAGAAAUAAAACCUCUUCAAUUUUUUCCCUUUAAAUACCCAGAAAUUGUUCAAAAACCCUCUUCAAUUAUUCGACUUUCUAUUUUUCUGGUUGGUAGGAUCAAAGUUUCAGUCUUGUCAUGGCCAAAAGUUCUUUCAAGCUUGAACACCCUUUGGAGAGGAGGCAGUCAGAAUCUUCUCGCAUCCGAGAGAAGUAUCCUGAUCGAAUUCCGGUGAUUGUUGAGAAGGCAGAGAAGAGUGAUGUCCCUGACAUCGAUAAAAAGAAAUACCUUGUCCCAGCUGAUUUGACUGUUGGUCAAUUUGUUUAUGUGGUGCGGAAGAGGAUCAAGCUCGGUGCUUCAAAGGCCAUCUUUGUCUUUGUCAAGAACACUUUGCCUCCGACAGCUUCUCUGAUGUCUGCAAUUUAUGAGGAAAAUAAAGAUGAAGAUGGAUUUCUCUACAUGACAUACAGUGGAGAAAACACAUUUGGGUUCGUUGAGCUUGGAAAUUAAUAUCUCAAAUGUAAAUCUGACAUUUCCUUGAUCUCAUCAUGAACAGUUAACUGUAGUUGUUGGUUUGCAUUCCACAUAAAAUCAAAUUUAUAUUCCUCUUUGGAAUAACCUUAUAACUUACAGAUGUUCAACUCUUGAUCUCUUAUCUUAUAGGGCCUUUCGUUUAAAUCAAGUUGAUCUUUCUAUAAGUAA